UUCUCACUUGACUAUCCAAUACACUUUCUUAUAUAUCUACAAAAAUCAAUCUCCUCAAACAUCUUAGAAUUUAUUAAAAUGCUGAGAGUUUCAACAAUUUGGGCAAAAUACUCGUUAAUGAAAAGAAUCAUUCCUAUAGCCAACACAAAAUCUUCAUCCCUUGUUCUAACUUCGAAUACUUCACUACUUUGGCUUAGAAAAAUGAGCAGCCAGGAGGCAGAGCCAAAGACUCAAAAUAUGCCAGGCCAACAUGACAAACUUCCAUCUGAUUUUCCUACUACCGCAACGCCACCGAUCACCACACCCACCGACGCACCGCUGGCGGUGGAGGAUUCACCUUUUGUACCUGAUUUUGAUGCUAUUCCACCCAUAAGACCAGGUGAAGACCCUCCAACGCCAUCACCGUCGCCAACUGCACCACGAAUUGACAGUCCAGAAUUUUCUGAACCGCCGAACACCUCACCGCCUAGCCAUGAAGCACCACGGCCGCCGACUUCGCCGCCUGGACAACCGGAAGCGUUUCCACCACACGCUCCGGAUGCCAGACCUCCGAAACCUCCAGAUCCUGCAGAGCAAAUUAGAUCAUCUAAUGUCAGAUCUGAGUAGUAGUAGUGUUUAAAAGAUAAAUGAAAAUUCAGGUUCCUGUAAUUUGUUGAUUUAUUGCUAAGAAUGGUUAUUUGCACGUUUCC